AGAGAGAUUGUUCUAAAACAGAUUACAAAAUGGGCAUAAAGCUAUCUAAGAGUAAGAGAUCAUCCAAUUUCAAAGCCAACAACACAACCUCCUUUCUAAUUCAAGCUAAAGCCAUGGAGUUGAAGGUGGAGAACCCCACGUUGAGAAAAGCUCCCCAUGUCGGUGAAACUUACAGGAGUGACGGAGUGUAUGUAGAAGCCGCCGGAGAAGAUGAAAAAAGUGGCAGCAUUGUCCGUAAUGGUGACGGAGAUUAUCAAGUUUGCAGUCGGUCGAGGACCUUUCAGACGGUGAAGAUCGAUGGCGUUCCUUUCUCCAGUAAGGUGGAGGAAAGGCUUGAUUGGUUGCGUUCUCAGAUUGUAGGUGGAGAUGCAGAGUUUGAUUCUCCAUUUGGAGAAAGGAGAUUGUGUUAUGCUGAUCAUACAGCUUCUGGUCGUUCUCUUCGUUAUAUUGAAGAUUUCAUCCUCAGAAACGUUCUUCCCUUUUAUGGCAACACGCAUACAUGCGACAGCUACGUAGGCCAGCAUACAACAAAGAUGGUGACCGAUGCAACGACGUACAUCAAGAGGUACUUGGGCGGUGGAGAAGAAGAAGCACUUCUAUUCUGUGGACAAGGCACAACGUCUGCCAUUAAAAGACUGCAAGAGGUGAUGGGCAUUGCGGUGCCAUCCAUUCUGAGGGAGAGGGUAAUAGAGACCCUAAAGGAAGAAGAAAGGUGGGUAGUUUUUGUUGGACCUUAUGAGCAUCACUCCAACCUCCUCUCAUGGCGGCAGAGUUUGGCUGAGGUGGUGGAGAUUGGAAUGGAUGAGAAUGGGCUUUUAGACGUUGAGAUGCUCAGAUCUCAACUUGAGGCAUUUAAGAAAGCUGGAAAUAGGCCAAUUUUGGGAUCGUUCUCAGCUUGUAGUAAUGUCACUGGAAUUUAUUCAGAUACAAGAGCUAUUGCUACACUUCUUCAUCAAUAUGGAGGCCAUGUUUGCUUUGAUUUUGCUGCAAGUGGUCCUUACGUGCAAAUUGAUAUGCGGUCGGGGGAAAUCGAUGGCUAUGAUGCUAUUUUCUUAAGUACACAUAAGUUUCUUGGAGGACCUGGCUCACCUGGAAUCCUUCUGAUGAACAAAAGUCUUUAUAAGUUGAAAUCAUCUCCUCCAUCAACUUGUGGGGGUGGCACUGUGAACUAUGUCAAUGGCUUCAGUGAAAAGGACACGCUGUAUUAUGAAGACAUAGAAGAGAGGGAAAAUGGUGGAACACCACAGAUUAUAGGAAUAAUUAGAGCAGCUUUGGCUUUUUGGGUAAAAGAAUACAUCAGCUACCAAGAGAUAGAGAAGCGAGAGCACCAGUAUGUAGAAAGGGCUUUGAAGAAACUUCACCAUAAUAGAAACAUCUGUAUUUUAGGGAGGACGUCUUCUAAGCGACAGGCCAUAUUAUCUUUUAUCAUUUACUCUUCGACGAACUCAUCGCUCAACUGUAUCACAGAUAAAUUAUGUACAACUAACACCAGAGAAAAGGAUGAAAAGCUUUACAUGUGGGGAGAGAUGGGGUGUAUGAGAGCAAAACCUCUUCAUGGUCCUUUUAUUGCAGCACUCCUGAGCGACCUGUUCGGCAUUCAGGCUCGUGGAGGAUGCAGUUGUGCGGGGCCUUAUGGUCACAAACUGCUAAACAUUGAUGAAGCAUGCUCGCACGCCUACAGAUCUGCCAUUGCUAAGGGGUAUGCUGGAAUAAAACCUGGAUGGACAAGAGUAAGCUUUCCCUACUACAUGCCAAAUGAGGAGUUUGAGUUCAUUUUAAAAGCUUUGGAAUUCAUAGCUGAUUAUGGACAAAGAUUCCUUCCCUUGUAUGCCUUCAAUUUGAGAACUGGGAGCUGGACUCUGAAGAAAAAAGACCUUGCCGACCUACUCGGGAAGGAGAAUUACAGUAAUGGUCAGAUCUUAACAUUAGAAAACCAGUGUGCCAAUGCAGAGGCUAAGUUAGCAGCAAUAGUAUGCAAGCAUAAAUCAUAUUUAGAAUCUGCCAAAAAGAUUGCCAAUCUCCUCCCCAAGUUCCCUCUCGAGAGAAAACUUCACGAGGACAUUGAAUCCUCUGUAUUAUACUUCAGAAUCUAGAAAAAAAAAAAAAAGAAGAUAACAUUGUUAAAC